ACUUCGAAGGUGCUCAAAAGCAUGCGUACGUUGUGUGCAACAAUCGCGAUGAAAUGUAGAUGAAAUUCACUUGAAAAUUCAGCUGAACGCUCAUCAGGUGAGAGAAAAAGUCGUGAGGAGGAAGUAAACGUGAUGUUCAGAAGACUUUGAAGGAAGAAGGUCCAGCAAUGGCGACAGCUGGAUUGUCCCCAAUCUGCUACAAUCAUCCCGAGAAAAAGGCAGAUUUCAAGUGCUUUGACUGCAAACGUGGUAGGUUGUUAGUUGGUUCAUCGAUGCUCUAACGUACGACUUUAUCUCGGAAAAGUUUAGACAUUGCUUGCUCGUGAAAAGAGGAGCAAGAAAUUGUCCACGUAUGCGUUGCAUUUCUUGUCAUUUCCUUUGCACAUGUGUCAAAAUUCAACACAUGAUCUGCUUGUCAUCCUGGACAGCAUAAUUUUUGGUCAAUAUUUGAGCUAAACUUCAGAAUACCCGGCCACUUCUUUGCGUAUCAUUGAAUACCAAAAGUGCCUAUUGUGUCAUACCUCGUUCUUUAAAGCGUUCCGAUAAAUGUAAAUGAUGUGGUUGGGUUUUCUGAAGUUGUCAUGAUGAGUGUUCAGUUGUAUAAUAGAGGUGGCAGGGGAUGGCAAAAUAGGAAGGACCCUCAGUCAAGCGCCCUCCCUUUUGUUUUCAAAGAGAUUUUUUUUUCAAUUUUUUUUUUGACACAGCUUCCCACUGCUGCAUAAUUAACAUGCUACAUGAUUAUCUUAUUUUUAUUUUACUCAAAGGGAAUUUGUUAUUUGGGAAAUCGAUAAUUGAGAUAAAUACUGUAAGCACCCCAGGGGCCCCACUCACAUAUUUUAAUGACGGGGGGGGUCCGACAGAGGUUCAUAUUUUAUACCCAAAAAAAUCCCAACUUCAGUAUUGUCUACCAAAAAAAAUCCCUACUUUUUUUAGCAUACCCAAAAAAAUCCCUCAGUGUUUUUGCAUCAGCAAAUUUUAUUAUUUAUCUUCUGGAAACGGCUAAAACAUGCCAACUUCAACUUUGGUUUUGGUCAAAAACAAAACUAUAAAUUGGGCUUAUGUUAUUUUUGCUUUGAGCUGAUGAAAAAUACAAUAACCAAAAAAAUCCCUAUGUUGUUCUCGCGACCCAAAAAAUCCCGGCCUCUAUCAAAGACCCAAAAAAAUCCCUUUUGGCCAAAAUGUCAGACCCAAAAAAAUCCUUCUGACCCCCCUGUCACUAAAAUAUGUGAGUAGGGCCCCUGGGGUAAGCACUAAUGCCUCACAUGAAAGCCCCCAAAUCAGCAGGUGGUAGAAUGGCAACAGUUACUUCCCACCAAGAUAAUAGUUUUACCCUUGGGGUUUUAGUGUGAGUUCCAAGUUAUACAUGCUGAGAAGAUAUACAAAUACUCUGCAAACUAUAAUUAUUGUCUAAGGUGAUCUCAUCAUACCCUGCGAAAACAUCCGUUUCUCCUCGCUCUUCACCACUAGGGUCGUUUCGCUCGGAGGAACGUCUGCGAUUCAGUGACAGAAAUUCCAUACUGAUGACGCAAAUCAAUGUUUAGAUGAUAGAUCCGGUAGUCAUGGGGUUCCAAAUAUAAAUUUGUCCAAUUUUACGUGUCUUGCGGUCCAUUUUGGAAAAGUGUUGUGUUCAUCUGCUAACUAGCUCCAGGAAAACUCAAAUGCUUCUUCUAGAGAAGACUAUAUUCCACAAAUAUGGACUGUUUUGUUAGAGAUUCUUUUUGUUUACAUUUGACCUUUGUGGCUUUUUGUCUUUUGUCUGUCAUUCAUAAAUAAUAACUAAAACAAUGUAACUACUCUGUUGACCAAUCAGCACUUCUGACUGGAUUCCGGACAGAUUUUAUGUCGUCAGUAUGGAAUUUCUGUCGCUGAGUUGCAGACGUUCCUCUGCGCGAAACGUCCCUAGCGGCGAAGAGCGAAGAGAAACGGAUGUUUUUGUAGGCUAGUAGGAAUGAAGACGGGCCGUAAAAUAUCUCAACCCUCUAGUUGCUCCAUGUACCACUUGCUACAAACUCAAAUCACAUGGUCCACUGUGCCCCAUAUUAUAGUCUCAGGUGCAUGUACCAUGUUUGAUGUGGUGUUGUAUUUUGCUAUCUUUCAGACUCGGUCAUCAAUUUGUGCCCGCAGUGUAAUAUUCAAGUGCACAGUCUAGAUGUAUUCAGAGCACACAGAGUUGAGCAAAUUGAAGUAAAGGUGAAAAAAUCUACAUGUACAGUGUAGUUGAGCUGUCACUAUUUCAAGUUGCCGAGAAAAUGUGAUUAGUAGGGAGGGAAUUGAACAGCUUUGGUUCAAAUUAAUUGCAAAAGAUAUUAUUGUUUUGCAGGACAGGGAACGUAGGCUUUCACAAGACGUUGAUGACAUUGAAAAGUAAGUAAAAUAAAAAACAGAAGCACAUUCACAUUACUAGUGUCUGGGCUUUGGUGAAAACCAGCAGCCAGUAAUGUAAAACAAAUGGUUAGAUGUAAUUCUUACUUUCGGGUCUGUAAACAAAUUCUUGUGGUGUUGUACAUAUAUUUUAAAUUCAUGAAGCCUCUUUGGUAAAUUUUACUAUUCUUGUUUUAGUUUGUUAUUUUGUAAACUGAAACUUGCCAUUCUCUGUUGAUUUUUUUUUAUUUUGGGUGGUCAUAGAGUAAAGUAAUCAAUGUAGUUUUGUGAAUACAUGUAAAGUUACAUGUACUGAUUACUUUACUGUCUUCCUUUUCAGCAUGGUUUCAAUGCUGGUUUAUUAUCUGUGGAUAAUUUAUUUUUCUUUCUAGUGCAUGAAUGCUUCCAGUUAAUACAUGUAAUUCAUGUUUACACAAGUUUACUUUUUCUAAUUCCUGUUUACAUUGGUCAUUAAUUGAAAUGUUUCCAGAUUAAUAGCUGUUGAAAGUGAUAUUCUUCAAAAUGUGCUGGCUAGAUUGAAAUACUGUGAAGAAGAGGAGAAGGUAUUUAUUAUUACUGCUCAAAAUAAAGCUACAUAUUAAUUACAAUAUGUUUGUGUUAUAGAUAAAACUAGUUCUCAGGUUAAAACUUAGUUUCCUUUGUCUUCUAUGGAUAAUAAUUAGGGCUAGCUAACAAAGGAAUUUAAUACUGAUUUAACCUGAGGUCAAUUUUACCUACAACAUUACUUUGUCAGUGCAUGCUUUGAUUCAUUGUUGUCAUCUAUUUUAUAUUUUUUUUGUCACUCAAAUUUUAUACAUCUCAGAUCUUAAAAUAAAUUUACAAGAAGAAGUCUGCAAGCUUUUAGUAAAAAAAAAAAGUUAAGAAAACAACAAAAAAAAAAACGGGGGAGCAUUGUCACUUUGCUGGGAUCCAAACCUGAGAUUCAUUUAAUGAUGUGGAGAUUGCAAAGCACUAGGCAAUCCAGGUGUGACAAGUUUAUCUUUAUAAACUUUGGUAUAUGUAUACUCAGAGGCCUUUGGCCUUCACCUUGAGGGGAGUAAUAAUACACCAUUGAAUGAAGUUUGCUGAAAAGACCCACUCAUCCAAAAUUUGGCAGAAAAAGUUGCAUUGCAGGGAUUUAUUUUGCAACAUUUUUAGAUUACGGGAAAAAAAAGUAUUUGGAGCUAUAUCCAGUAAUGAACAACUGUUUUUGACUUUAACUACAGUAGAACCUUGUUAACUCGAACUUGGAUAACUCAAACUCCCCGCUAACUCAGCUACACGUAAAAUUAAUUUCCUUUCCCUCGAUCAAAUUUUUACUGAAAUUUACCCCGAUAACUCAAAUUCCCCACUAACAUGAACUAUUUUUUGUUUUCCUUCAGAGAUUGAGUUACCGGGGUUCUACUGUAAUAGUAAUAUUAAUGUCAAAAAUAGUAACUAUUUUUGACAUUAAUAAGUGUUAAUUAUUAGAAUGCCCCUUCUGACAAGUUGUAUCCAUGGCAAAAUCAGUGAAACCCCCCUUUUUGGGACGAUGCAUAGCCCAUAAAUAUUAUUGUAACCUAACUGUAGCAAAUUUUGUUGAUAAUAAAAAUCAAUGUCAGGAUCGACUGUCUUGGCAGUUUCCUAACAGAUCAUAAAUUCACUAUUUUUUGUGGAAGAUGGCACUUAAUUUGUGGUGGUGGUUUUUUCUUUCAGGAGACAAUAAGUCACUUAAUUCANUGGAGCUAUAUCCAGUAAUGAACAACUGUUUUUGACUUUAACUACAGUAGAACCUUGUUAACUCGAACUUGGAUAACUCAAACUCCCCGCUAACUCAGCUACACGUAAAAUUAAUUUCCUUUCCCUCGAUCAAAUUUUUACUGAAAUUUACCCCGAUAACUCAAAUUCCCCACUAACAUGAACUAUUUUUUGUUUUCCUUCAGAGAUUGAGUUACCGGGGUUCUACUGUAAUAGUAAUAUUAAUGUCAAAAAUAGUAACUAUUUUUGACAUUAAUAAGUGUUAAUUAUUAGAAUGCCCCUUCUGACAAGUUGUAUCCAUGGCAAAAUCAGUGAAACCCCCCUUUUUGGGACGAUGCAUAGCCCAUAAAUAUUAUUGUAACCUAACUGUAGCAAAUUUUGUUGAUAAUAAAAAUCAAUGUCAGGAUCGACUGUCUUGGCAGUUUCCUAACAGAUCAUAAAUUCACUAUUUUUUGUGGAAGAUGGCACUUAAUUUGUGGUGGUGGUUUUUUCUUUCAGGAGACAAUAAGUCACUUAAUUCAACUGCAGACUGCAACAAAAAAACGUAUUGCUGAGAUCAAAGAAUGUGAGACAAGAAUUGAGAAGGCUUUUGGUUAUCUAACAAAGGUGUUAUGAAGUCUGUUUAGGAAAUUUAAAUUUGAAGUUAAUUGUUUUAACCUAGAUAAAUACAUGUAAUUCUCAGUUUGCUAUUCUCAAAAGUGCUGAUUAUUACUGGUUAUGAAAAUAACAUUGGUAAGUUAUUUUCUCCUUAAAUCCAAUUAUCACUCUUGCUCCUGGAAAUUAAAAAAAAUGCCUCUAGAAUCAAGCUGUUUUCUGGUCACUGUCUGGCCAAAACAAACUAAAACUGCCCGAAAUGCUCUUUAAACCAAGCACAAUGCUUCCUUCUAUUUCUAAUGUCUGACCAUGCCCAGGACAAAUUGUGGGGUCUAAUUAAAAAAUUCUCAUUUUUCCUUUGUUUGCUAGUCCUAACUCAUGAAUAAUCAGGGCCGUGAGGCAAAGAAAAUUAAGAAUCAACCAAGAUGAACAAACCCACACAUGCCAUGUGUGUUACAUGCUGUAGAGACAUUGAUGGAUUUAAUGUAAAGGAUUAAAGUAUCUGAAGCAGUGAAGGGGUACAGCUGUAUUUAGGUUGUGAAAUUGGGUGUACAUAUAAAAAUGGAGGUUGCUCAAGGAUGCCCAAGGUAAUCCCUGUGUCACAAAUACCCAAGGAUACAGCCACUGCUUUAAUGACUCCCACCCUGACCCUAAGGGAAAAACUUUUCACCAAUGUCUUUUAGUCAUCUUUCUCAAACCAUAACAGACUCUAUAUUCAUGCGGCUUUUUCUUUUUGCUGUUCUUUAGGUAUCAACCUUGUUGACACAGUGUAGUGCCCCUGUUGAGGACACUAAAGUCACUGUAGCUUUUAAGGAUCCCUGUGCUCCUGAGCAUGAGGCUACUGCUCCUUCUACUGCUGCACCCCAACAGUCUUUGGUACAUCCUGCACAGGAGCCAGCAGGUGAAACCCAAAAUGUUCUCCCCAUAGAGCCUCUGUUGAAGCUUCCUGAUGAGAUCAUAGGUAAGUAAUGAUAUGUAAGUUAUAGGUUUGUAACCUUUCAUACAGCAAUGCACUUACAGAUGUAUGACUUACCACAAAUUUAUCGACUAUAUACAGUGUAGCUUCUUCAAACCCAAUAGUCUUUUGUUUUGUUUUUUUACAACAAUACCCCACAAAGUGAAGCUGUCAAAGUGAAUAACAAAAUAGUUUUUUUCCUGCCUGAUACAUCUAAUCUGAUGCAGAUGCUUUUCAGCACUGAUGUGUACACGCAUCUGACUUGUAUCUGUGUUGUUUGCUUUACCUUGGCCUGCACUACUAGUCAACUGAAUGUACAUGUACAUGUAGGACAUUGUUCACUGGGUGACAGAAUUUAAUGUUCUUCUUGAGGAUUCAAAAACGUUUGCAUCAUGCUUUUAUGAAAGAGGGAAAUAACUAAGAAUACAUGUAUUUUGGUGUUGGGGAUGCUUGUGCAUUGUCAAUUUUGUCAAGAUAAAAAUACAAAAUGUUCUUGAACAACAUUGGACAGCAUUCAGCUGCUCCAGCUUUUAAUAGGCAUUCUACAAAAAUAUUAGAGAAAAUACAGCCAAUCAAACAUACAGUGAUAAUGAUUUAAAAUUCUAUCUGGCUGGAGGCAAACAAGUUAAAUAUUUUACAAAUGAAGGGAUUGAAUUUGGGACUGAGGAAACAAUUUCAACGUGGGAUGCCUUGAUUUAGAGAGUGCAAUCCACUAACUACUUGGCCAUGCUGUCUCCCUGACAGAAAGUGCGGGGAAGCGCACCUGAUCAAAUAUGAAAUUCUUCCCUUGAUUCACAAGGACCCGUAAGGCAAAUUGAGAGGAGAAUCUACAUGUAGCUUUUUAGCACCCUAGCUUUAUUCCAGGUGCACAAGGAUGACACCCAAGGCAGCAGGAGAAAAAAAUCACUGCUAUGACAUUUGGAAACAAUCUUGCCUUUUAAAAUGUGUAUUUGUUAUUCCAGCUUUAAUUGUCCUGCAUGUGCAAUCAUGCUAGCAGAGAUCAUCAGAUUCUUUGACAUUGAGAUUGGUGUUAUGUUUUUCUGUAUCUAGGAAAAGAUGUCUUUCCUGUGUCUGUGGUUGGCUCUUUGGCCAGAAAUGGGUCUUUCUGGAUGAUUAAAGUUGGGGAAAGUGAUUUGCACAUAGCACAACAAAUCCAUAGUGGCUUAAGGUAGGUGAAUGUUCUCCUUUACUGAGUAUGUUUUAUUUUUUGGUGAGCAUCAAAAAAACUUUUUCUACAUGUAUGUAAAAUUAUUGAGAAAUCUGUCAUCAGUGAAUCUUUUGUUUUCUGUCUCUCUAGACUCGAUCCUCGACUCGAUUCUUGUUUUUGAUUCUCGAUUCACGCAGGAAUUGAGAAUCGUGAAUCAAGUCAAGAAUAGAGACUCAAAAUAGACUAUCAACUUACUUUUGAAUGGUACUGAACUUUGAAAUCAGAAUUUAACUGAUUAUAAUACCCUAUUAUAUGCUUUGCUCAUACGUGUAGAACCUAUUAUCACAUGCAUGGUUACAGAGACACUGUUGAUGUCAGCGUGGGAGCAAUUUGUGCAGUCCUUAACAGAAAUAAUAAAGAGUUCUGUCGUGUGAGAAUAGAAAGUAUUGCAAGCUCUGGAAUGGUAAGAUCAAUAUUAUACACUCUUGGGGUGAUCAUACUAACCCUUAAACCCCAAUAUCAACCUGUAAAUUCUCUUAACUGGCCCAGUCAGUGAUUUUGUUACCUCUGCGUCCUGCUUCCCUGACGCAUAAAAAUCCCCAUAAGAUGCAAAAUAAUUUAUGGCGUGCAUCCUGUAGGAUGCAGAGAACGAUCAAUCAAUAGUCCAGUUUCAAGUUCGCUAUGACCGCUGAAUUAAAGAAGUUAAGAUGCACAUCACAAUUACAGACAAGUCCUACUAUUAUACAUCUUGCUUACUAUCCAUCUUCUCUUUGGCUAAAAGCCUAUAUUGUUAAUUUUGGAAAUCAUGGCAACCUAUCUGUAGGUUAUGCUCAGAAUGCUUGAUUUCCAAGAGCAAUGUCAAACUGAAUUCCAUGCAACAGUGUGCUGAUCUUUAUUUUCUUCAAGACAAUAUGAUUAAAACAUUAUUAUUAGAUUCGGUUUUUCAGUAUCAGGAAUAAUCAAGAUCUUAGUACAUGUAAGUGUUAUCAGUCUCAGCCGUAGGCUCGGCUGAUAACCUUGAUUAUUCCUGGUAUCACAAAAACCUUAUCUAAUGCUGAUAUUGUUUAUAAACCGACAGCAGUGGAAUCCAGCAGUGGAAUUGCUAAAAUUGCAGACACUGUAUUGUGUGCUUUUCAGGUGAAAGUACGCUUUUUAGACUUGGGAUUUGUUGAAAAUUUUCAACCUUCAAGUUUAUGUAAACUGCCUCCAGAAUUUUUGGAUAUUCCAUUUCAGGUAGGUUCUACCAGGUAUGGGCAGAAACUUUAAACAGUACAUUACUUCUAUUGUUUGUUCAAGUUUCUGUCUUGCCUGGCCUCGAGAAAGCACCAUCUUUUCAAUGUAGUGGUCCAUGUAGUUGCAGUUGACCUCAGAUUGAGAAAGCAGGCAAUAUUUCAUGUCACUGCCACUAGUUUUCCCACGAAAUGACGUCUGAGAAGGACUGUAGAAGUUCCAUUCUGAUGACAUUUCACUACCCAGAUCUGGCUAGUGUGUGUGAUUAGUUGUGGUGCAAGGAAAAUUGCUUCAACCAAUCAGAAGUACUACCCAGUUGUGACACAUCUAAUCAUCAGAGUAUGGAAUUUCUCCAGUUGUCGCGAGGACGUCAUUUUGCUAAGAAAGCAGUGGUGGUGUCAUGAAAAUGUCAACUGUUUUCUCAGGCUACACUGGCCUGGUGAUGGUCCAGGUUCAGGCCCUCAGCACAUGAUACUGGUAACCAGCAGGCUGGUCUGGUUGUCACAGUGAGCUAUGUAUUCUGUUCAUAUGGAAAAAUCACAGUUACAAACCUCCAAAAAAGAUGCAAAACAUGAAACUGUAGAGGGAGAGCAGGAGAGGUUGAGAGAGAAGGAAAUGCUUAAUAUUGUCAUUAUAUUUUGCAGUCAUUGUAGUGUUGUCACCAUGAAUAUUAUGUACAUGUGUAAUACUGUCAGUUCUUGGUGCAGCACCUCCUUAUCUGUGUUGAAAUUAAGGCCUUGUAGUGGCCAUUCUUGGUAUAUAAUCCAGUGAGCAAUGGAUUAUUUGAUAGCAUAACUAUUUAUUGUAGCAGUAGUUGUAAACAUAAUAGUUUAUUCAAAGGACUUACGAGUACAGUACAUUUACAUCAGCUGCAUGUCUGGCCAAGGUAUUAUUUUGGCCAGCUAAGCCAAAGUUUAGAUUAACUUUGUUGGCCUUGGGUCAAUAUUGUAGUUGCUCAUUGUCCGAAGAUUAUUAUACAAUGUAUGCAUCAUGGUUAUUUGCAGCUCUGUGAAGAUGUAAAGAACUACUUUUUAACAUUCAUUGCAGGCUCUAGAAUGCUGUUUGCUUCCAACUCUUGAUUCACAGCUUCCUUAUAAGGUGAUGUUGUACAAUUGACUGCACUUCUCAUUAACACAUGAACUCUGAACUUUAAAAGUCAGCUUACAAUUCCUUUUUCUACCGUCAAUCAUAAUUAUGCUCGCUAGAAACGAACCCUGAAACACUGAAAAUGACAAAACAGGUUGAAAUCCAGCAAUCAGAAACCACAAAUCAUGACCUUUUGAACUUGUUGAAGUAAACUUCUGUUGAGGUCUGCUAAUAAGAUGAUUGAAAACAGCAUACAUGUAGAACACAAGCGUUUGUUAACUUUUGAACCUCGGAGUUCAUGUGUAUUUGAAAAAACGCAGUAACUGCCAUACAUAACUACAGAAAAUACCAUUAGGUUUUAUAAAGCAGUACAUUUUACAUGUGUGUGUUGCUGUAAGUAACUGUGAUUUUUGGGCUGAAGAAGGUUUUCUGUCAUUGUCACUGAUGUUACAUGUAAGAGCUUACGCUUGUCAAAUCUUUGUCCAUUUUUUAGGCAAAGUGGUGUUUUAAAGAUUUAACCUUUAACAAAUUCUUAAUGGCAGCACUUGAAGACCAGGUAUUUUUUGUUGAUGUAACUUCAUUUAAUAGUAUUACCAGUGUGACUAAUUUUUGAAACUCCUUUUUGACAACUAUAAUUAUCGCUAUUAGUUAACUUAUGCAAAAGGACAGCGGAGGAAAGAGGAAGACAAACUUUGUGUGACAAGCUGGUCAAUAAAAUUAUGUUUGAAAAAUUUUCCAUGAAACUUUACCUUCCUUUAAACAGAACUCUUUGUAAUAGACCAGAAUUAAGAGUAUUGUCAAGUGAUGAUCAGGACAAAACUCUGAAGUAAUAGCCAUGUCAUGUUUGUAACACACAAAUGUUUUUCCUUUCUCUCUUUCGGCUGUCCUGUCACGUAAGUGGUAUUGUAUAUCAUGGUUUUGUCAAGUUUCUAUUCCAGUGAAUUUCCCAUUGGUCAUUGUUUUAAUUUUGCUCUCUCUAAUUGCAAGCUGUAAACAUUUUACUGACAGCUAAAUCUACUGGUACCAUGAAAGGCACCUAUUCGGUGGCAGUGGUAGUUAGGAUUAACUGCAAUAAUAUUUUUUAUUUGGUUGUUACAAGAAUUUGAAAUAGCUGGACAUGGAUAAACUUUUUUCGUGAGAUAACAUUCACUCGCACUGAUAUUAGCAGUCAGCUUCUUUAGAAUCUCAUUACAUGAUCAGAUCUUCUUUAAGGGUCUACGUUGGGUUUUAGGCCAAUUUGUCAUUUGCGUAAAAACUUGCUGGAUUUAUCAUUUUAACCCAAGAAAACAGCCAAUAUUUCAGGAUGCCACUACUGGUUUCCCCACAAAGUGAUGUCUGAGGAAUACACUGUAAGUGCAGAAAUUCCAUACUGAUGACGUGUCACUACCCAGGUCUGGGUAGUGAUUCUGACUGAUCGUACUGCAAGGGAAAUUUGUUUCAAGCAAUCAGAAAUACUAUACCAUGAUCUGGGUAGUUACAUGUUAUCGGUGUGGAAUUUCUGUGCUUGUCCCUCAAAUGUCAUUUUGUUUUCUAUUGACAGAUGGUACCCGUUUCUCAUAUCUAGUUAAGAAAUUUGCAUCCCUUUUAACUGCUGUAAAUGUGCUGUCUUUUAAACAGGAAUCAAUCGCAAAAAUAGAAUGUUUUCUCGUCUUGUUAGAGCCAUAUUGAUAAAAUUCAUCUGUUAGCCCCAUUUGGCCUUUUUACAGACCCAAAUGACAGAUUUCCCUACCCUUUCAUACCAGAAGGCCGAAAAAGGUACCCCUUUCAGGGUAAGCCUCCCCAUAUAGGUCAUCAUAGAGCCCCCCCCCCCCGAAUGUCGAGAAUGUUUUCUCAGCUUAAAUGGAUCUCAACAUGAGACCUUCAGUUUACUCAAAUAUUAUCCCAAGCUCUUUUGAAUGAUUUCUGGUUUGUAUCAACGAGUGAUUGAUAACAGUAAAUUAGUAAAGCUUGGAGCUCAAACAUGUGAAAAUAACUGUAUUUGUAUUUUCAUAGGUGACUGAUAGUAAAGGCCAUACUGUGAACCAUGUAACACUUGCGUCAUGUGGUGAAGCGCCAGUUUGCAUCAACACCAAAGUAACACAGUUAGGUUGGUUGAGCUUUAGUGUUUUUUUUUUUGUAUUAAUCCUUUUCAAUUGGGACCUUUAGAUUCGGGGACGAGAACGACUGUGACUAUUUGACUUAAUUUUUUUUCAUGUAUUCUCAAAAAAUAGACACCUGGAAAGCUUCAUUGUACUUUUUUUCACCAGAAAAGUUAGCACUGGUAUAUUCAUUGAAGAAGGUUAAGCCCUCUCCUGAUUGCAAAAUAAUAAAACUUCUAACUAUUGAUAACUUGUUUCCGACACUAUAACAUUCAUGCUAAAAUUCAUAGUAGAAUUGCGACCAGACGGCUAUCAUGUUUUCCCGUCAAAAUGACACUGGUUCACCCGCAAGCACUACUUAGUAUUGAGAAAAUGUUGUACUCAUAGUUGUCCUCAUCUUAGAAACGAAAGGUCUCCAAUUUGCCUCGACACAAGGUAUCAAAAGAAGUUGUACCAACAGUAUUCUCUUGUGUUCUAGCAUGUUAAUGAGUUGCUGUAUAACAUAAAUAAAUGUAAUUAUGAUUAUUACUAUACAUAACAUGUAGCAGCGUGCAAAGAAAGUAAUGUCCAAUAGCCUGGGGCUAGUGGAUUUUGCUAUUGGGCUAGUGAAUUCUGUUUUUAACUUGCCCAACGGGCAAGUGAUUUUUUUUAGCAAUUUGAAUAACAGAAGAACUGUUAAAAUCAAUUCUGCUCAUCAAAAAGCUUUUGGGGCUAGUUGAAAUGAUGUCUGGGCUAGUAAGUUCUAGCUUCAGUUUGCCCGAAUGACAAGCUGUAAAAAUGAUUUUCUUUGCACCCUGUAUAGACGUUGUGCAUAAUAUUGUGAAAAUUGUAUUACAUGAAAAUUACAUGCAUAUUAAAGUAAUCUUUGUUGAGAGUUGGAGCAUAUGAGAAAAGCACUUUCAGUUCUGAAGAGUGGAGCCUUACAAAAUAAAAUGAAAAAACCAAUAGCUGGGACCUUUAUGGCCUACAAUUAAUAUAUUGUAAUUUUAUGCCCACCUCACAUUGGAACUCACUUUUUGACAACUAUAACAAAUACAUGUUAAAUACAUGGAUCCUGCUGCUUGCUGCUUACUUAUUUUGCCCAGGAAACCAGGAAGGGGAAGAGAAAGUAUGAGUCAGUAAGACCAAUGUUUUCAUCAUCAUUGAUCAGUUAAGAAAGAUAAUUAGUUUAGGCUAAGAGAUGAAUUCAAGAAGGUAGGGAGGUAUCAAAACAAUUUCAGUUUGUCGCAAGUAUGUGACAAUGAUUUCAAAAGUUUACGUCUUAAAAGAGAUCCAACCCUUAAUCGCCUAUUCACCAGAAGAAUUAUUUUGUUGUCCAAAGCAAGCUUCCCUCUCUGAACCAGUGCACUUUCAGUGGUUUCAGAGAUUUAUGUUGAAGACUGGACGAGAGUCAAUAGUUAGCAUACAACAUGGAACGAGGUUGAGGGGUGGAUGGAAAUCACAGUAUUAUAACUUGUUAUGAGGCUUUGAUUUUUACCUUUAUUCUUGUUCUUGACUUUGUUUUAGUGGAGGAGCAGAAACUUGCUUCAGAGGUGAGAAUGUGUCAUCUUGGGUUUUGAAAAAAAAUAAUGAUAAAUACACCUUAUUCGAUGGUUUAGCAUAUAAUACGUGCGGAUAUUUUGCGAGUUGCGUAAAUACGAGCUAUGAGCAAAAUGUCCGCUCGUAUUAUAUGCUAAACCAUCGAAUAAGAGGUUUAUUAUUCCACUACAAAAAAAAAAUUAUCUGGCAAUUGGCUUCUAUUUUUUGGUAAGAGUAUUCAGAGACAUCCUGAUUCUGUCUGUGAGAAUGGCGUUAACAAUUAGCAAAAUGUUCGCGCUUAUUAUAUGCUAAACCAUUGAAUGAGAGGUUAAUUAUUUUACUGCAAAAGAAAAAUGGUAUUUUGGCUUCUAUUUUCUAAUGAGAGUAUCCAAAACAUCCUUAUUCUGUCAGCCACAGUUGCUACUUUUGCAUCCGCCGGUAUUCGCCCUGUUGUAAACCGGUUAAACCAGGACACUACGGUGUAUUACGGCCUCGUAUUUUGCUUGUUCUCUUGACCUUAUAUGGUAAAAUGACAUAAUAGUGGAAUAAUAAUACGAGGAAAUAACAUGCAAAUGGUAUUUGUAAAAGAGUCAUUUAAUUUUUGUUAUAUUAAACAGUUAAACUCUUUCUUUGUACCUCAGGGCCGGGUUGUUCGAAGCUGGGUUAACCCUUCAAGCCCCAAUAUCAACAUAAAAAUUCUCCAAACUGAUCUCUAUACAUUUCCUUAAUGAAUGAGUUGAGAGAAUUUUAUAAAAGAUCAAAGUAUUUUCUCUUAGGUGAUCUUUUGAUUAAUUCUCAUAACCUCAUCUCAUGACAAUGUAUGGAUAUCGGUAGGAGAAAAUUGAUGUUGGUCACUACUGGGACCUAAAGGGUUAAGAUAACCCAGGGUUAGUGCGAAAUUUGAACUCAGAUACGAGAGCUUAAAAAGCAAAUCCAGUUUAGUUUUCUUUGCCUACAACUUGAUGACUGGAUACUCUAAAAUGAAUAGAGAAAAUUUUCCGAGAGAGUGCUAUUGAUAAAAAGAAAAAGGAAACCUGGGUUAACAUUUAACCCCGGGUUAGCGCUAACCGGCCUUCGAACAACUGGGCCCAGAUGUUAAAUGUAUAAUUUAUUUGAUUCUUGGUUAUUCUUCUUUUACGUAAAAUGUUUUUCUAGGAUCGCCCCAUUCAACCUAAGGCGGAGGAAGCGGAGAAUGAUCCAGCUGUAGUUGAAGAAAUCAGUAACAAAACUCCUUCACAGACGGAUGUCCCAUCAAGUUUAAUUCCAGAUGCUUGCAAGAAUGUCGACAAUAGAGAGAAAACAGAAGACCAGCUGUUCGAGGAAGGUGACAAGAUCAGUGUUGGUGAUGCCGAAGUUCCGGCAUUAUCUGACCCCGUUAGUGACAAUGCUGUCAAUCAGAAUGCAAUUGACGACCCGCCAUCAUUACGAGCAGAAGCAGCUGCGUUUGUUCCAGCCUCAUCUUCAUCUGACAACAACACACCAAGUAAAGCCCCUUUGGAUAUUUCUUCGGAGAGAUGCAACAUUCCUGGAAUUUUACAUCUACCGCUGAUGGCUAACAAAAUUCUCACUGCAAAACCUGUUGAAGAGAACAGCGAUACCGUGACUUUGUCUGAGGUCAAUGUACCUGAGGGCUGCGUUGACUUUGCCAUGUAUAACCACAUCAUAUCUCAGUGUUCCUUGAGUUUUCUUCCAAAAGAAGCCUUGCCAAAGGCACGGUUCUUUAUGGUCAGAUGUAACAUGAAAAGGGUUAUAGAGGCGAUGAAGUGUGGACUCUGGUGUUCUCUACCAGAAAGUGGUAAAAAGCUUAACCGUGCGUUUAACGAGCAGGCGAACAAGGGUGGGAACCCUGUGUACCUCUUGUUUUCAGGACUUAAAAGUACAAAUUUCUGCGGCAUGGCGAAAAUGGAAUCUGCCAUUGAUCCCAACAUUAAUUGUCCUACGUCAAUCAAGCCAUAUCAUCUAUCUAAUUCUUUGAUUGGCUGUUGUGUCGUCAGGUGGUUCUUUGCACAAGAUCUUUUCUUUGGAGAUGUUCUUACUCCUGAAUGUGGAUUCCACAAGAGAUUUCUAGCAAACUGUGGUGAUGGAACCGAAAUCCCAAACAAAUUAGGACAGCUUGUUGUUCGGAGUUAUGAGUCCUGUAACUAUUUCCGUUCAAUUUUAAAACCUGCCUUGCAGUCAUACCAGUUGUACUUGACUGAACAAGUAGGGAUUCCCGGUACAGUCAAGCCUUUGAUAAGUGCUCAGCUACAAGAGCGAGAUGAGGGGUUGCAGUUGCCACAGGAAGAGGACUGGGACCAAGAGGUAUUUUCUUUGGGAAUUCGAAUUCUGAAAUUUUUAAUGGUUUCUUGAACUUGUCACGUUCCAUGUCUCCCACUCACAGGUCAUGGAUUUGUAGGUUCCUUAAGGAUUUGUAGGGCAAUUGUAUCGUGCUUGUACUCAUAGAGAAAAACUGUUUUGAUUUUGGGGACUUGUGGAGUGUGACCCGUAAUGUGCAACAUAGGGAAAAUUUUGGAACCCAAAGUCAAAAGAGUUGGAGAAAGUGAAUUGAGAUAAUUGAGCACAAAAAUGAUAAUUUUUAACUCAUUUGCUGCUAAACAACGAUAACAAUUUUGGCGCGCAAAUGACCGAACGGCCGUCGCGUUUUCUUGCGGGCAAACAAAACAUUUGAAGGCAUUUGUUUAGCUCUUAGUGGGAAAUUUCUUCAAAAAUAGUUGUGAAUUCUUUUUGUAUUUGACCAUUUUGUAAAAAAACUAUUAACAUGUAAUUUAGUUUUAAGCUUAUUUAUGAACAUGUCAGAAAAACCAAGUAGCGCAAGACUUAAUCUGCAUUUGUAAACAAAAAACCUUUUCGCCGGUUUCAUCGAUAAAUUCAAGUCAAACAGACAAAGCUUUACCUGUUAAAACUUCCAAACCAAAUUUUGUCACCUUGUUUGUGUAUUUCGGGAACAGCUUGUUUGAUUAUUUGAAAAACAUGUAUUGUUUGUUACGGCAGGAAUCCGGGAAGACAUUUUACUCGUAACUUACACGAAUUUGGCGUCGCUCGCUCGGAAGAGCUGGGGGUGCAUCAGUGAAUAGCACUGGAUAUCCCGAGUUUGAGUUGCUAAUCAGAGCGCGCCAAAAACUAUCCACAGUUUUAGUAUAUACUCUUUAUUAUCAUUAUCAUCAUCAUCAUCAUCAUCAUCUGUCUGCACCAGAAGAAUGUGUUUGAUAAAAUGACAUGUAGAAGACACACACUGAUCUCUUGUCCACAUCAGCUCGAGGCUGAAGUUUCCCUGAUUAUAUGCACUACUAACCAGAGGGUUUUUUGUUGUUGUUUUCAUGGUAGAUCGAGGACUCUAAGGCAGCAAAAUCUUUAGAAAAUGAACCAUUGGAUGAAAUCCCUAGUGAAAAGAAGGAAGUGGUCAAAGGUGUUGCUGUGUCAGAGACAGCUGUGUCUGAUUAUUCCACUGAAGGGCUUAAUUCUCUUGGUGCGGAAAGCUUCAACAAUGAAGACUGCACAGCAGUCAGUUCUGUAAAAUAUGACAACGAAGUGAGCAGUGUGAAGCAAGAUGAUGUUGCGCCUCAAGAAAGUGUAUCUUCUGUCUGUUCAUCCAUAGAAAAGACAAUUGCUGACAUUUCAGAAACUCAAAGCUCGUCCGAGCCUGCUGCAUCAGCCUCUGCGGAAACUGAAUUUGGAAGAUCAGCACCUGACACUGUCACAGACAAUGAGAGUGACUGGGAGAGCUGUAGUCCUCUCAAGACGAGUGGUAGAAGAGCCCUGUCGGAAACCACAGAAUGUGAAUAUGUAGAAUGUGAUAGUGCUGUGGACGAACCUAAUAAUACUCCACCAGAUACUCAUGGAACGCAAACACACGAAGAAAACUUACAAUGUGGUGAAGCGUUUGAUGUACCCAAAACUGAAUCUGAGAGUGUUGUUUAUGAUUCGGAUGUUUUUCCUCACCAAGACUUGGCAAAUGAGCCGACAGAUAAGCAAACAACGUUUGAAGAGAGGAUAUCAGGUAAAGGUACAUCACAAGAAGAUUUAGGGCAGCUCAAUGGAUUCAAAAACACUGUAGAAUUGCAAACUCCACAAGGAGACCCUGGUGAUCUUGCAGUGAGCAAUUCAUUAGAAGUAGUGACUGAUGAAAAUAAUCCUGAAUGUGAAGAAGAACCUUCAGAUUCUCAACCCAGUCUCUUGAUUAGCGAUGAUGAGAGCAAAGUGACGGACACCGUUACAGGUAUUUACAAACAGGGAAAUUAAAGCAGCAACGUUUUUGAGCGACGCAUGUCAAGGGGAAGUGAGCCUUUUUUCUCCGGAAGUGAGCCUUUUUGCCUUGACCCCCUAUUUGUAUGGUUAAGUGUCUUUACUCUUACAGAGACCAUUUGCCCAAGCAUUUGUUCAAAAUCACGGCUGAAGAGGUCAGAAAGUCCACUUCCGGUUGACGUCCGUCGUUCAUUAACGUGGCUGCCUCUAAACUCCCUAAUUUAGUAAUGACCGACUAAAGUGAUGUGUGCUAAAUGAUCGUUUAGAUGUGAUUAUUCAAAAAACAUCUUCUGUAUUUUGUUUAAAAAUGUACAAAGUGCAAUUUUGAACAAAAGACAAAUUUCUUGAAAAAAGAGGCAAUUCCGGUCGCAGUUAUCUUCGCAAAAAAUUUCUGUAGGGUUGACUUAUGGCGUUGCCUUUCUCAAAUUAGCCAAGUUUCGCGUGAAGUUAGUCGAUGUACUUGACAAACAUUGUUAGUGAGCUUGUGGUCUCUCAAGGUUGGGGGCCCGAGGUUUGCCUUCUUGUUAUAUUGACCUGUACGCUGAUUUCUCUACAUAUUCAUAUUCUAAGGAGAAGAAUAAACAAGGGGUUCCAUAGUAAUCCACCGUGAUGCCCCUACCCUUUGGCAAACCUCGGUGUCCCAAACUCUGCACACUGAACCUACAAUGGCAAAUUUCUUUUCCUUCACAAUCUCUGGAUUUUAUAUUUUAAAGCACUAAUUUGAAUUAAUUAUUAUUCUGUGUGAGUUUAAAUAAAAAUUGACUCGACUUGACUUGACGCGCUCGAAUUUUGAAUCUCAGAAGCCUUCGCUUCUUGCGAUUUCUAACUGCUCUGAGGCUAUUUGACCAGUGGAGAAAGGAACUAAAAUUGUGCUUAACGCAUGUGCGGAACAAGCGUUUUUCUUAAACUCAGAAUAGGAAAGGUUUUGCUAAAGGAUGAUUUUAACCGAGUGAGGCAACAAUAUUGUUUUUCAUAAUUAAGAACUUUUUCUACUUUUAAACAUGAAAUGAGAAUUUAAAGUCAUUCAAUUCAUGUAAUGUGGAUUACUGUGAAAAGGAUAAAAUACAUUUCCCUCUAUAAUGUACUUAUACACACUUUCAGAUGAAAAUGAAGUGCAAGAGUCGGACAGUGAAUGUGGAGAUCAACAGGGAACUCGGGCUUCUUCACAGGCAAAUGGUGUAACCAGCCAGCCCGCCAAACCGGACCCAGCAUUCCAUGGGAGCUCAGAGGACUUGCUCUGUGAAUACGAGGAUUUGCCUGUGGAGAUAGGUAAGAAAGGGAAUGGGCUAGGGGUGAACUGAGUUCCUGUUCUUGGUUGUUUAAGAUCACGAUACGUGCACGUCUAUAAUAUGUUUCAUUCAAACGCGACAAAAAUUCAGAGUAAGCGGCACUCCACAACCUGGUAGUUGGUAAAUGCAGGGACUAAUUUAUCGUCCCGGCGGUGUUUUCUAAAAGCACUAUUUCUUUCAGUUUUUCAGUAUAUUGCAGUAUGAAAUUUAGGAUUUGGCUUUCAUUUUAAAUUGGAUUUGGGUAGUCCUGGGAAACAAAGGGGUGAAAGUAACAGAUAUUAGUAAAAUCCAGCUAGUGGUCUAUUAUCAAUGCUGCGUUCUGAUUGGUUGAGCUACUACUAGGCUAUAUGUUAUAGCUCACUAGCAGCGAAAAGCGCCGGCUUUUUGGCGGCAAAAAAGGAUUAAAGUCUAGCAACACACCGCUCUUACAGCAACAAUAUCUGGAUCAAUUUAGGUAUCUGGGAAACUGCCCACCUACCCCUCCCCUAAGUCAACAUUAACACUUUCUUCUCACUUAGGGUAAAAGGUUGGAUUAGGAGAGGGGUGUUGAGGCCUCAAAUGUAAUAAAUGACCCUAAAUGUAAUAAAGGUCCUAAGUGUAAUAACUUUUAGCCCUAAAUGUAAUAAAGGGUCUAAUAACAUUGUAUGUGCAAUAGGUUUUAGCACUAAAUGUAAUGGAAGUCUUAACAGUAUACUGCAUGUAUGUAGUAUAACAACCCCAAACUCGAUAAAGUCCCUGACUGAAACAUGCGACGGUCUGAUGCGAUAUUAAUUUUAUAAAACUGUGAAAGGUUUGAACCCAGGAGUCAUUUCAAAAGUAGGUUGAGUUUGAUCGUCCGGGAGAACGUUGUCCUGAAUAGGACUGUUGUUGUUGACAUUGACUGAUGUUUCGACAACCUGUGCGGUAGUCAUCUUCAGAGUCAAAGUUAGUUGUAUCACGUCAGUUGAUGGUAUCAUACUCUGGUUAUUGAUUUGAUUGGUCAAUUACGGUACGUCGUGAUGUUAUUGGUCGUCUGUCAAGUAAGCCGUGAUGUUAUUGGCUAUGAAGACUCGUAAUCAGUAAUUGGUGCGUUUCGAUCCGUCUGUUGUCGGAUUAUUAAUUUUAUAGCCAGCUGGCGAUUCACUUUCUUCGCCCUAUUGUAGUCUUCAUAGACAUUCAUAAACUUAGAAAGCGGCUAGAGCGCCUAAGAAGUAAGAGAAACACUUAAAAAUUAACUACGUCUCGAUCAUGUUUCCUACUACAACCCUACAUCGUAAAACCCGAGUUAUAAACAAAUGGAAUCUACACAAAAGUUUUCAAAAUACAGUAGUAAUUUAGUAAUUGAAGGAAGUAUUAAUGUUCAUUAGAAACAAUCGUAGUAAAUUAACUACUUUUGCCUAUGGGGUUUUUUAAUGUUGCGCCAAAAAAAGAAAUGGUUUAUUUAUUUAUUUUUUUUUAUCAUUUUCCAAAAGAGUAUGUUGGUCGGUCCAUACAGAAUGCUGUGAACACGAAGUUAGAUAUAAACAGCAAGAUAUUAAUGGCAGUAUAUCUUGAUAGUUUUUCUGACUUCCAGAUUUUGAUUUUAAUCUCUACCAGGAGUACUUCUUGAAGUGAAUUUUUAUGCUAAGUUUUUUUUCCAGGAUUUCAACACAUGAAUAAUAAUAAGUUGUUACUCAAAUGGCUAUAUAGGGGAUCUGCCUGGGGUAUUUAGUGUUUGAUAUUCCCUAGACACAUCUUGUGCUCACUAGCUUAAGCUGUAGUAAGGCUAAAUGCAAACACUAUGGAAUCUUCUUAUGACCCUAAGCAUAUAAAGAGCUGAAACAAAUACACUUAGGACCUUAAUUACAUUUAGGGCCAAAAGUUAUUACAAUUAGGACCUUUAUUACAUUUAGGGUCAUUUAUUACAUUUGAGGCCUCGACACCCCUCUCCUAAUCCAACAUUUUACCCUAAGUGAGAAGAAAGUGUUAAUGUUGACUUAGGGGAAGGGUAGGUGGGCAGUUUCCCAGAAACCCAAAUUGAUCGCAGUGUCUAUCAAAACAGAGAACUAUGACAUUACUGACUUUUUCCGCUCUCACAUUUGUAGGAAAGGAACAGUACAUUUAUGCUCUAGAGAGCCUCUCAAGCAAUGGCACUUUUUGGGCUCGUGUUCAUAAGCCAGGUGAAGACGAUCAGCGUUUCAUAGAUGCCAUGGCACGAAUGGGGUUAGUAGGAUUUUGUGCCUUGCAUUUUUCAAAUCCAUGCUUGAUUUACAAAGCAAAGGCAGUGCCUUCCUCCUCAGUUUUUUCAACCCUUAUAUUGGUAUUUGCCACAGAUUUAAACCGGAAUCCCUCCCUCUGCAGACUAGGGCCCGUUUGUUUUUAACAGGAAUAAGAUAACCCAAGAUAACCACUAAAUUUGACGUCAAAUCAGAGCACUUUGAAGACAAAUUUCUCUUGAUUAUUUUUUGCCUACAAUUUGAGGUUGGGCUGACGCUCUCAAAACGCAAGAUAAAAUGAGCAGGAGAAACGCCGUUGAACAAAAUAAACAGGAAACCGAAAUGAAGAUUCAACCCUUAGCGAUAAUCGGCUUUCCGACAACUUUCCUGCUGCGCUAACGCUGCUGUGGUUAAAUGUUAAUAGUUGGUUCUAAUAUGUACCACACAUGAAGGACAACAGCGCUCGAUGGGCGAGUUGUUGACUACCUCGGAAGUGGAUAGAUUUUUAUUUACCUUCUAGUUGAUAAGGAAAACGCACAUUCCAAGUGGAUGUUGAUUCUCUUUGCAGGGCUCACAUCGAGGCUAAUAACAAACCUCUUGAAAGUAUUUUUAUGUACAAACAUUGUGCCGUAAGGGGAUUGGAUAAUUAUUGGUACCGUGCUCUUGUUGAGGAAACUUCAAGUAAAGGAAAGGUGAGACUACCAAAGGCUUUGGUGCACACUUACGGCUUAUGAAAUGUUACAUAAGUUCAAUGUUACAAUUAUAAAGCUAUCGUGAUGUGAAAGAAACAACCCGUGAAACUGGUGAUUACAUUGAAAUUUUGUAAUAAGUCCUAAAUGUAGUCGAGUCUGCAAGAAAAGACUAAGAUAAGACUGGAAGGAAAGACGAAGAAAACCGUUCAAAACUGCCUGCAACCUCAAGUCACUCAUCAGGCUUAGAGUAAGCUCAGAGUUUGAGGAAGUCAAGGAUCCUUUAAUGAAGCGAUAGUAAAAGGUUACUGAAUCGGAAAAUGACAAAUUUUUGGACUUAUUAUAGUUAUCAAGACCAAGAAAAGUUAACUUAUCCAUUUUUCCACAUCACAGUUAAACGAUAGUCUACGAUUUUCCUCUCAUUCCGUGCUUAAAAUUAAGUCAGGAGUUAUACGGUCAAUGAAUACUAAUACAUAGAUUUAGCCAGAGCUAAAAGCGAGACUCUGGUUUAUGCAUGUUAAAUUUAGUUGAGACUAUGGACUUUAAACCAUUGCAAAGAAAUCCGCGAAUCUAAACUUAACUUUUAAUAGCGGAGAACCAUAUGACUGAAAAACAUAAACUUGAGCCAGCGAUCACUAAAAAUCUUAUAACUGGUCAGCGGAAAACACGUGAUCUUGAUGAGUUAGCACCUGAGCGGGCGAUAUAGUCAUGAGUCUAUGGUCAGCGGAUACCCUGUUUUGACAGCUGUCAGUUGGCCAUAUAUGGAUGCCUAUUAUCAAGUUAAAUGUAGGUUACAGGCUCCAUACUAACUAGAAAGUUUAACGUUUCACAUUGGUUGCCCUGUGAUGCGGACUCGUGAUUACCAAAAUUUCUCGGAUGGACAGAUUACCAAAUUUUCUGAGAUAUGGGGCACCGCUUGCGCGUGCUUCGUGCGCUCAUGGAGUUCCGCUAUAAUUGGCUACUUUUCACUGAUAUUAGGUUGGUAUCAGACUGCUUGACUUAGGAGAUUACUGGGAAGUCGAUCAAAAGGAGUUGCGAGUGCUUGAUGAUGAGUUCUAUGUCGCUCCUCCUGCACAGGUUAGUCUAGACAGUCACGAAAUUGCUUUUUGAGUGGUAAAGAACGUACCGGUAAAGUCUUAUCUCACUUAAGUGAGGUGGAAUACAUUGCCGUGUAAGUUUUGUGACAGUGAAGAAGCACAGCCACUGCUAAGAUCUCAUGUCAUAACCGUGGAGUAUAUUACCGUGAGAGUAGUUUAGGACGCACUGGUAAGGUCUCAUUUCAUAAGCAUGAGUAGGAGUACAUUACCAAGUGAGUUGUAUAGGGCACACCAGUAGGGUCCCAUCUUAUUAGCGUGAUAUAGAAUAUAUUACUGUAUGAGUAGUAGAGGGCGCUUUGCUAAGGUCCCAUCUCAUAAGCAUGAAGUUAACACAUUACUGUGUGAGUAGUAUGGACACACUGCGAAGGUCCCAUUUCAUAAGAGUGAAGUGGAAUACAUAAGGGUGCACUGGUUAUGUCCCAUCUCAUUAGAGGGAAGUGGAUUACAUUAAGACGGCCUCGAUCGCGUGAAACAAAUACUUGCCAUUUCGUCGGUCUGUUAAUGAGAGCGCAAGUUGAAAGCACUUAAAAGAGUGUUUUAUUACUGCACCACCACCGCCUGCGCAUUGUGUGCUACAGACCUGUUUUUGCACUUCAUUGAAAAUGUCUUAGGUAAAGGUCUGAAUAUUUUUUGUUUCUUCAUUACUUUUUACAAUACAGGCUUUUGAGUGCUCCGUCUGUUAUGAAAAUCCAAAUAACAAAAAGGUAGGAAAGUCUCUACAAUAUUAAGUCGCGUCUUUAACCACGAUUAUCCUAAUGACAAGCUCCCAGUUGACUUGCCAGCUCAGUUGGUUGGUUAGAGCGCUGCACUUGUAUCGCAGAGGUCAGGGUUCGAGUCCUGGCAAGACUGAAUUUUUUUUAGGCUUUCUUUUGGUAACUGCGUAAGUUGCCCCUUUAAACUGCGAUGAACUUCUUUGCAUUUAUUUCUUCAUUCCGCAGUUCCAAUAAAUGAAAUUCGUAAUUUUAACCUAAUAAGCUAUAUUUUCAAAGGAAGAAAUGGUUUCCCUUUAUCCACUUUUACUGUACAAUAAACGAGCGGCUUCUAGGGGAUAUAAACCUCAAUUUCACAUGGAACGCUCUUGGCUAUAGCGAUGCGUCGUCAUGUGUUUGAUGGUGGUAAGGGAGAUUACAUCACCUCUACAUUGACUCAAUAUGAUACAGACCUUCACUGUCAGAAAUAUAAACUGUUCGUUGUUGGGAUGACUUCGCUCAGAAAAUUCCAUAACCUGUCAGUUGCUUUGUUCUAUUCAAGAGUCAGUGAGUCAUUCCGCCGGCAAACCUGUUGUUUGGAGUGCUGAAUGGGACUAAUUUGGCAAAAGAAAGCUAUAAAUUUACUGUUAAUGGUGAAAAUAAGUAAAAACUAGAUAGAGCUCAAUACCAUACAGGCUCAAUUAGCGUUGAUCACGAGAAAGCACUCAACACAGACUGCCCAUUUGUAUGAGCAGCUCCCUUUGAUGUCCGUACUUAUGACACGGUUUUACUACGUUGUGUUUUUGAAGGAAAAAAACAGAAUCAGCAGACUCGUCAAGAGAAAUAGGAGGCUUCGUGUUAUUGUGGUAAGUCCAUAUUAUGGUAUAUACGACUAG